AUGAAAGAUGACGAGAUACUCAUUUUAUGUGACUUUUCGGAGAAUUUUGAAUGUAAAUAUAGUGAAGAAGUCCAAUCAAUGCACUUUGGUGCCUCCAAAAACACGAUCACUUUACAUUGUGGUGUAAUUUUUUGGAAAAAUCUAUCCCAAUCAUUUGUAUCUGUUUCAGAUAACAAUUGCCAUGAGCCGAAUACCAUCUGGGCACACUUGAUACCAGUUAUCAAACUUGCAAAAGAAAUGAACCCUCAUAUCAAAGUUAUACACUUUUUUUCAGACGGCCCAUGCAGCCAGUACCGUCAAAAAAAGAACUUUUAUCUUUUGAGUUUAUUCACCCCAAAAUUGAAACUAUCAUAUUCAACAUGGUCAUUUUCGGAGGCAGGUCAUGCCAAAAGUAUGGCAGAUGGGACUGGGGGUGCCGUUAAGAGACAAUUGUAUAAAAGGAUUUCUUAUGGUCAUGAUGUUACUAACGCCACUGAAGCAUUUCAAAUUUUAGAGAACAGCAUGAAGACAGUAAAGUGCUUUUACAUAAGUAAUCAAGAUAUUGAAAACAUGAACCAACUUAUUCCCAACGGCAUUGAAGCUGUUCCUGGUACAAUGCAAUUGCAUCAAAUAUCAUCUACACAAUGUAACCAGAUUAAAUAUCGGCAACUGAGUUGUUUUUGUGGGGAAUAUCGUGGUUUGUGCAGUUGCUAUUAUCCCAAAAUACAUAAUUUUGUUAAACCAUCAAAAGAAACUGCCGAAUUGAGUGUUGAGGCCUUAAUAGUUCCUGGGACGUCAAAAGACAACAUGAACGUUACUCCUUGUUAUUUGAGCCUAAGCAUUGUGCCCCACAAAAUGAAUACGGCAAUUGAUUAUGAAUUUCCAGAAAAUACCCGACAGAUAAGCAGUUCCCCUAUUGAGGUUAUUUCUGAUCACAUGCUCCAAGAUUUAGAAACAUACCAAAGUGAUAAUGAAGAAAACAUAAAUUUUGAUUUCCAUGUGGGUCAAAUGGAUGAAACUCCAAUUUAUUCCCUAGAAGAUAGCUAUAUUUCUGGACCACUCAUAGAGAUAACUUCUCUGACCGAUAAUCAGAGAUUAGUCGAACCUAAAUCUGAUAGCAUAAUUCCAAUCCUGGAAAGUUCAUGCAUGACAGCUUCAGAUCACGUUCUUGGUAAUACCCAAAAUAAACAGCUCAAAGAGAAUCUUGCAUCUCUUGGAUGUCAGCCCUCUAAGAAGAGAAAAAUAAAUAUAUCGAACGACAACAAACAUAACGGAAAAGAAUUUAAGUCAUCAAGGACUUUUUUGUGCUCUAUUUGCAAGGAGCGUCAGCCUUUUGUUAUACAAAGAAUGGUAAAAUGUAAUGCAUGUAAAAAUUGGGUUUGCCUGAUAUGUAGCGGAACAACCUUUUUUGACUACGUUUGUUCGAUUUGUCUUGGGACUGAUGAAUAG